AUGAAGGGCACGGUCAUUACACAAAUGACUGUUUCGCCUGGAAAAAGCACCUCGAAAAACUGGUCGGAGACGGCCAUUGCAAGGAAUUCAUCGCAAGGAGGGCUAUCCAGCAAAUCAAAGAUCGUGACGCAGCUGCCAACGAACCUCUAUGAAAAAAUUCAUACGGAUCAGCACGAUCCUCGCCAAUUCUAA